CCCCACCGUCUCUCUCCAUUUGGACUCCGAUUCCACGCCGACGUCGCCGCCUGAUCGUCUCCGGCGCCGGCGAUCCCAACCGCCGCAACCACCGCCUCUCCCUCCUCCUCCUCCUCCGGUAGGUGCUCGCGGCCGCUCGACGGCCACGCACGUGCUCGUGUCUCGCUGUCCCGUCCGCCGCCUCUUCUCCACUCCCCCACGCUUCCGCUCCAGAUCUGCCUCUCCGCCCGCCCGGAUCUAGCCACCGGUUCGCCGGCGCCGCCGCUCGGGAGCUGAACCGUGUGGCCGAGUGGCGACCUCUCCUACCGCGUAGCCAUGAUCAAUUUCGUGCUCCUGAUCAGCCGCCAGGGCAAGGUGAGGCUUACCAAGUGGUACUCGCCUUACACCCAGAAGGAGAGGACUAAGGUUAUCCGUGAGCUCAGUGGGCUCAUUCUAACACGCGGGCCAAAACUCUGCAACUUUGUUGAGUGGAAGGGUUACAAGGUUGUGUACAGAAGGUAUGCGAGCCUGUAUUUCUGCAUGUGCAUUGAUGCUGAGGACAAUGAGCUCGAGGUCCUUGAAAUUAUCCAUCACUUCGUUGAAGUACUGGACCGAUAUUUUGGCAGCGUAUGCGAGCUGGAUUUGAUAUUCAAUUUCCACAAGGCCUACUACAUACUUGAUGAAAUUCUCAUCGCUGGUGAGCUUCAAGAAUCUAGCAAGAAAAAUGUUGCAAGACUAAUUGCUGCACAGGAUUCAUUGGUAGAGGCAGCUAAAGAGGAAGCUAGCUCUAUAAGCAACAUCAUUGCCCAGGCUACAAAAUAAAAUUCUACUCCAGUCUGAUGUUUGCUCUCUUUUGUUGUGUUAUAUUGGUAAAUGCAAUGUACUAGUCCAUUUGGUCUGUUCAGUUUUCUAAGAUACGUCUUUCAAGGUGCCAGGAUUAAGAAUGAACAUGAUGUAACUACACUGUAUCCGCUAUUUUGAACCGAAGUCGGAUUUUCUAAGAGAAAAUGUGCAUGAGAGUUGAUCAUGGAGAGUGCAUUAUCUUGAGCAGUUGUGAUUA